CCCAUCUGUGUUCAGGUUUAGCGCAACACCCUUUCCCUCUCUCUCUCUCACAACAAAAUGACGCCCUUUUUUUCCAAUUCAUCUCUUCACUUCUUUCCCACUCCAGAAUCUGAGUUACAGCUAGGGUCCGAUUCAUAUCUCUACUUCUUUCUCUCUCUAUAAGAUAUCUCAGAUUCUUCGAACCCACACAAAACGUCUUCCAUUCACCAUGCACACCUUCCUUGUCUUCAAUCUGGGGCCUAUUCUUCCGCUUAGAUGCAGGAGUGCUGCAUUUCCAUUGCAUGUGGAUGCAAACAAAAAUAUUGAAUUAAUAGAGAAGGCAGAGGUUCCAGAAAUUCCUGACAAUGUAUUCCUUCUAGAGAAUUGCCCUCAUGAUUGGUUGUUUCCUCAGUGUUCCGCUGUGGUUCAUCAUGGUGGUGCUGGAACCACAGCUACAGGACUAAGGGCUGGGUGUCCAACAACCAUAGUGCCAUUUUUUGGAGAUCAAUUUUUUUGGGGUGAAAGAAUUUAUGAAAAGGAACUGGGACCAGCUCCAAUUCCUAUGUCUCACUUCAGUGUUGAAGCCCUUUCAGAUGCUAUAAAAUUCAUGCUCCAACCAGAGGUGAAAUCUCGAGUAAUAGAAUUAGCAAAGUUGAUAGAGAAUGAAGACGGCGUUGCUGGUGCGGUUGAUGCAUUUCACCGUCAUUUGCCGCCUGAGCUACCAUUGCCAACUCCAUCUUCAGAAGAUGAUGACCAUCCAAACCCCUUGCAAAGGCUCUUUAUCCAAAUUGGGAAAUUCUGCAGCUUCACUUGUGGUUUGUAG